GGUUCCGCCGUCGGACGAGCUCUCCGCCCACCGCCAGCAUGAACAUCCGCAAUGCUCGGCCGGAGGACCUGAUGAACAUGCAGCACUGCAACCUGCUCUGCCUUCCCGAGAACUACCAGAUGAAAUACUAUUUCUACCAUGGCCUUUCCUGGCCCCAGCUCUCCUACAUCGCCGAGGACGAGGACGGGAAGAUCGUGGGCUACGUCCUGGCCAAAAUGGAGGAGGAUCCCGAUGAUGUCCCGCAUGGCCAUAUCACCUCGCUGGCGGUGAAGCGUUCACACCGGCGUCUUGGCCUGGCUCAGAAGCUGAUGGACCAGGCCUCCCGGGCCAUGAUAGAGAACUUCAGUGCCAAAUAUGUGUCCCUGCAUGUCAGGAAGAGUAACCGGGCAGCCCUGCACCUCUAUUCUAACACCCUUAACUUUCAGGUUAGUGAGGUGGAACCCAAAUACUACGCAGACGGGGAAGAUGCCUAUGCUAUGAAGCGGGAUCUCUCAGAGAUGGCAGAUGAGCUGAGACGGAAGUUGGAGCUGAAGGAUCAGGGCAGGUAUGAGGUGUUGGGCUCCAGGGAGAACCAGGAGACCCCAGGCAGCAGACUCCCUGGUUCCAAAGACGUAUGUCAGCGGGAGAAUCCGGCUGUGGAUGAUAGUGGCAGUGACAGCAAGGAGCCCAGUGAAUCCAUGGAGAGCACCGAUGUCCAGGACUGCUCUGAAGACUCGGAUUCCACUUCAUAGAGCCUGCUUGAGGUCUUCGUGUGUCAGGCACAUCUAUCCUCUGAGUCCUGGCUUAGCCUGUCUGUUCUGAAGCAUUUGCUCCGGGGUCAUUGCAGUGACCUGAAUGUCUCCUCACAACUCUCAACAACCUUCCACAUACCCAACUGAGAUCAUGAAGGAAUACCUGGACACAAGAGCCUG